AUGGCAACAUUAGAAAACUCAAAUCACAGAUCAACCCGAAAGACCAAGGGAAAAGAAUACAAUUGGACCAUCGACGAGUCAUCAGGAAUGGGAAUCAAGACAGGACCUUGGACUGAAGAAGAAGAUGCAAUGGUAAUCAAACUUGUAAGCAAAAAUGGUCCUCAAAAGUGGAGUUAUAUCGCAAGACAUCUACCUGGACGUAUAGGAAAACAAUGCAGAGAGCGCUGGCAUAACCAUUUAAACCCACACAUACGGAAUGACACUUGGACAGUCAGUGAGGAGUGGCUUUUGUUUUUAUAUCACAAAACUCUAGGGAAUAGAUGGGCAGAAAUUUCAAAGAUCCUUAGAGGUAGAACUGACAAUUCAAUAAAAAAUCAUUGGAAUUCUUCAAUGAAAAAAAUAAUCCCUGAGUUCGCUUGCAAAUAUGAUGUGCUUAUUCGAUAUCAUGGCCACGAUGAUGAGUCCCAUGUAUGUGUCGAGCAUUCUUUUGAAGAUUUAAGCAGAAGGAAACGAGGCAGGAGAUCUACUAAUGAAGCCACAGAGCAGUGCGAAAUUUACUGUAUGCAAGCCCAUAGACAGAUUUUAGCUGAAGCUUUAGAAGCUUAUCAGCGAGAAAGCUACUCCUCUGAUGACAGCAAAGAAAACACCCCUUCGACUCCUUUGAUGCACAAAAAGAGAAUUUCAGCUGACUCAACCCCAGUUUAUAAAGUGUAUGGGCCUUCAAAUGAAAAUGAAGACGUAGCUUUUCAGUUCACACCUAUAGUGAGUCCUCCAGCCAAGACUAAUUUAACUGCUUUUUAUACUUCGAGCUUCCUUACGGAUACUACAGCUAGCACAAAUACGAACUCGUACAGCUUGAGAACACCUGACCAGAGCAAGUCACCAUGCUCAGUACUUUUUGAAAGUCCAAGCUUUAUGCUCAAUUUUGAUGCAAGUCCACAAUAA